AUGACACGCACAAAACAUUCCGAAACACCUGGUGCUCUUAAACAAGAUCGUCAUCUUCAAAGAAAUGGAUAUACGGAUCCCCGUGGUAUGCCAAAGAAGGAAGGUGCUGGUCAACACAAUUGGGGUAAACCAAUUGACGAAGCUACGGUAUUAGAUGAACAUUAUCAAUUUAACGACGAAAUACCUCAAUAUGACAAAGAUGCUGUUUUUAACUCGAAGGCUGCAGAUACUGCAAGGGAAUUUCCAAAAAUAAAGGUGGUUAAACCGGAAGAAUUCAAGGAACUUCAUAAAUCAAUUUAA